UCGUCACCACGUGACCCAGCGAGCCAGGCUGCGCCCACUGAGCAGUCCUGCCCGGAGGCCCAGCCUCCAGGCUCCUGCGGUGCAGCCCGGGUGACCCGGAGCCCCGCGGUGCGCGACGGUGCUAAGCGUGACCUCGGCCGGGGGGCGAGGCGUGCGGGGAGGAGGCGCCGCGAGGCGGGACGCGCAGUCCGGGUGCGAGGGAAGCUGGCACGUAACGUUGACCUGUUUACAAACGCUCAGGCUGUCUUCCGUGGCGUGAGGAACAUGGUGAAGCUGAUUCGCACGCUGGCAGAUCACGGUGAUGACGUCAGCUGCUGUGCCUUCUCCUCGUCCCUCUUGGCUACCUGCUCCCUGGACAAGACCAUCCGCCUGUACUCCCUGAGUGACUUCUCGGAGCUGCCGCACUCCCCGUUGAGGUUUCACACCUACGCGGUCCACUGCUGCUGCUUCUCUCCCUCCGGACACAUUUUGGCAUCAUGUUCAACCGACGGUACCACAGUGCUUUGGAGUGCGCACAGCGGACAGUCCCUGACGGUGAUGGAGCAGCCGGGGGGCAGCCCCGUGCGGGUUUGCUGCUUCUCGCCGGACUCGGCUUACCUGGCCUCAGGGGCCGCUGAUGGAUCUGUUGUCUUGUGGAAUGCACAGUCAUACAAAUUAUAUAGGUGUGGUGGUGUCAAGGAUGGCUCCUUGGUGGCCUGUGCAUUCUCUCCUGAUGGAAGCCUCCUUGUCACUGGCUCCUCUGGUGGAGAUUUAACAGCGUGGGAUAAUCGAAUGAGGUGUCUGCACAAUGAGAAAGCUCACGACCUGGGGAUUACCUGCUGUGACUUUUCCCCACGGCCCCUUUCUGGUGGAGAACACGGCCUUCAGUUUUACCGAUUGGCAUCAAGUGGUCAGGAUUGUGAAAUCAAACUCUGGGUUGUUUCUUUUACCCCUGUCUUAGGCUUUGAAUUAAAAUAUAAAAGUACACUACGUGGGCACUGUGCCCCUGUUCUGACUUGUGCUUUUUCCUACGAUGGACAGAUGCUUGUGUCAGGGUCAGUGGAUAAGUCUGUCAUCAUAUAUGAUAUCGGCACCCAGAGUGUGCUGUACACAUUGACGCAGCAUACCAGGUAUGUCACGACUUGUGCCUUUGCACCCAACACCCUGUUACUUGCUACUGGCUCCAUGGACAAGACUCUGAACAUUUGGGAGUUUGACCUGGAAACACCUUGCCAAGCAGGAAGCACGAGCGAUCAGCAGAAGCCACUGAUUGAGGACUGGUCAGAGGAGGACGUCUCAACAUGGCUCCGUGCUCAAGGCUUGGAAGAGCUCGUCGGCGUUUUCCAGAUGAACAACAUUGACGGAAAAGAACUGUUGCAUCUCACAAAGGAAAGUCUGGCUGGCGAUUUGAAAAUUGAAUCUCUAGGGCUACGCAGCAAAGUGCUGAGGAGUAUCGGAGAGCUCAGGACCAGGAUGGACUCCCUUUCUUCUGGAGUCCCUGACGAGUUUGUCUGUCCCAUCACUAGAGAGCUUAUGAAGGACCCCGUCAUAGCGUCAGAUGGCUAUUCCUAUGAGAGAGAAGCCAUGGAAAGCUGGAUCCACAAAAAGAAACGCACGAGCCCCAUGACAAACCUGGUUCUUCCUUCGCUGGUACUGACACCAAACAGGACUCUGAAAAUGGCCAUCAAUCGAUGGCUAGAGACACAUGAGAAAUGAAUCGUUCAUAGGGUAUCGGAUACAUUUCCAGUGACGUCGUUCAGCGCUAACCAGGCAUUACAAAAGCAAAUAGAAGGAAAAGACAUGUGAAAUUCAGUUACUUUUAAAAUGUAAAUCACCCUUAAAGCACAGAAUUAUAUGUCUAAUGUCAUUGCUGUUUCUAUAAAAGUGAAAAUAUUUUUGCACUAAUGGGAAAAUGGGUAGAAAUAAAACUUUGCAAUGUCUAACUGUGUUAUUAGGUGUAGGCCACAUCCUGGAGUAGUUUAGAUUCUAUGGUUGUUUCCAUCUUGGAUAACAGCCAUUCCAUAGUUUUCAGAGAGCAUUAGAAUAGAAUUUUCACAAUAUAAUUGUAAAUUGUUUAAUAAAUUGGGAAAAAAUUACUCCAGGCAUGUUGAAUAGAAAUUUUGUUGGGUUCUAACUUUGUAUAAUAUAGGGAUUUUCCCCCCCCAUUAUUCAACCUCAGAUGUAAGCUAGCUCAGCUAGUCACUUUAACUUUGCUGAACUAUAUCGAGUGGCAAACUUCCUCCCAGUGUGAGAACGUGUGUCCAGGCAGCUAGCCUGGGACCUGUUACACCAGCAGCACCGUGUCUGCCUCCGUCACCCAGGACCUGAAGUUGAGGAAGGAGUCUGCACUGACCUCUCAGAUGCCUGCCUAAGCUGUUCCCCAGAGCGGAGCCUGACCACCAGGGCAGGGGGCAGAACACUGUGUCUUUAGCCUUUGUCCUGUUCACUCGGCCCCCAGACACUCACAGAGUAUCCAAGAACAUUAGAAUGAAGAAAUAGGCCAUACUCUGGGAAUCCCGGGUAUGGACCUGGCCCGUGUCCAUGGCCUAGUCAGUAUUUCAUAAAGCCUCUUAUUUACUAAAAUGUAUUCUUGGCCAAUCUCUGAACAACCCCAGACCAUAACAAUACUGGCACCAGAUACACAGGGUACCAGGGCUGCAUCAGAGAGCUCUUUCAAGAUGCAGCACCCAAUUACAUUAAUCAGGGGUUUAUAAAGACAAAAUGCACAAGGCACGGGCUUCCUGCAUUCAUGCAACCAGGGGCAAGCACAUAUCCUGAUGUAUUUCCUGCCUACAUGGAGUCAGGGGCAAGCAAGCUUGUUUACAGACGGGAAAACACAAGGUUUGUAUGAGACCAGGCAAUGACAGGAACAGCCCCCAGCAUUCUGGGAAGUGAUCUGUCCUCGGGCAGGUGGGGCUUACAGGUUAGAGGCAUUUUUGUUUUAUAGUUUGUUCUCCUAAGCCCAGUGAUUUUCAACUUUUAAACAUAAUAUUCACCAUCAGAGUCUCGUUUCUUCUCUACUGUAGCUUUGCCUUCAUCUCAAACGUUUUUUGUCUGUUAAUUUAUGGUUUCAUUUUUUUGAGACUGGUUUUUGCUGUUGUCUAGAUUGGUCCUGCACUGGCCAUGUGGCGGAGGUUGGUUAAAACUUGCAAUCCUCCUGCUUCUGCCUCCCGAAAGCUGAAAUGACAAGACUAUGUCAUCAAACCCUGCCCCAGCCUCCUAAUUCCUGAUAUCUCUGGCUGGCCUAAUCAAUCUUCUGUUAUUUUUUCUUUCCGUGGUUUGUUCACUUCAGACUGGUAUUUCUGGCUUUUUAAGAUAAUUUUUAAGGUUUUAUUUAACCUGGGUGUGGUGGCAAGGCCUUGUCCCCUGCAGAGGCAGGUGAAUCUGUGAGCUGGAGACCGGCUGGGUCUACAUAGUGAGUUCUAGGCCAGGCAGGGUUACAGAGGGACCACCUUUUUCAAAAACAAAAAUGAUUUGAUUUGAUUUCAUGUGUUUAGUUUUUUUCUGCACUUGUAUAUUUGCGCCAUAUGAGUGCCUGGUACCUUAGAAGUCAGAAGAAGAAAUGGGACCCCAGGAGCUAGAAACUGUUAAAUUUCAAACCUGGGACCAAAUGUGCCUAUUUAAUAUAUCAGAGCAGACCUGACCACCAGGUUCUCCCAGCAUCCCUCAGUUACAGGGUAUGGCUGGCAAACCCUAACCUCUACCCUGAACUCUCCAGCCCAGGGCCUGGGCUGCCCUUCCCCCAGAGGCUCUUCUCCAUAUAAUCCAGACAUUUUGGAUACCUGCCUUUUGGACUCCUGGCUGCUGCACCUGGUUCCUCCCUCCUCUUCCCCAGUCUUAUCCUGUCCACUCAGGACCCUCCCAGAGGUCCCUGCCUCUGACUAUGCUCUCCCACAUCUCUAUAAUAAACUUUCCCUCUGCCAUA